AUGGCACCGUCGCGUCAGGCGUUACGGCGACUCAUCACACCGCGUGCCGACACCUCUGUUCAAUCAGAAUCACUCAGUGGAUACCAUGAAGGAUCACCCACCCUACAACUGGCUGGAUUCAGUAAAUCUGGUCCCACGUUGGCUAUGCAAGACCAAUGUCACCAGCACAUCGAAUCAGCUAGCUCCCCAAUGUCUACGCCUCAUCAGAUAAGUAGUGCUGAGCGCAACUGGGUAGGUGACCAAGAGAUACAGAUGGGUGCAGUUGAAGAGCUGGCUACUGAUUACUGGCUAGUGGAGUUGAAGCCAAGCGAGAUUAUUCAACGUCUCUUACAGACCGACAACCUCGCUCAGCACGCAGAGCUGCUAGGCCGGCUAAAGCAGAUAUGUGGGCUUGACUGGGACACUAAGCUCGAUUCGGACCAGCCCAUUACCGUACGCAUCCUGCUAAAAGAGGAAAUUUUAGUGUACCUCGCCAUGUUUGCACGUGCCCAGCCUCAACUACUAGCCCAGAUGCUGCGUCUACGUAUCGGUUUGAUUAUCCAGAUGAUGGCAGCCGAGCUGGCCCGCAGCAUGGGACAUACUGCUGAAGAAGCACUGCUUUCUCUCUUUUCGAUGACUCCUUUUGAUACUAAACGUCUCUUGUACAAUCUGCUCAGCGGAAAUGAAAUCCGCACUGUAAAAGCAGGUAGGCAUUCUGUAGAAAAAUGUUCCCACUAUUAA